AUGCAACUUCUCGAAAGAAAUUUGAGUUCCUCAAGGUAUGUGCUUUUUGACAAGGUAAAGGGGGGGAGGGAAUAAUUGUAGGCAGGCCCCAGCGAUGUCAGCAUAUGCCGUGUGCCAUAUUGGUUGCUAGGUUUAGAGAGAUGCUUCUGAGUGAUGAAAUGACUUAUGUGAGCAUAGCCCAAUAGCUCUAUCUCAGGCAUCCCCAAACUCAGCCCUCCAGCUGUUUUGAGACUACAACUCACAUCAUCCCUAGCGAGCAGGACCAGUGGUCAGGGAUGAUGAAGAAGAAGAGUUUGGAUAUGAUUUCCCGCUUUAUCACUACCCUAAGGAGUCUCAAAGUGGCUAACAAUCUCCUUUCCCUUCCUCCCCCCACAACAAACACUCUGUGAGAUGGUGGGGCUGAGAGACUUCAAAGAAGUGUGACUAGCCCAAGGUCCCCCAGCAGCUGCAUGUGAAGGAGCGGGGAAUCAAACCCGAUUCACCAGAUUACGAGUCUACCACUCUUAACCACUACACCACACUGGCUCUCAUUACACCCACUGGAUGAUGGGAAUUGUAGUCCCAAAACAGCUGGAGGGCUGUGUUUGGGGGUGUCUGCUCUAUCUGGUCACCUCCAUACAACAACCUGGCAGUUGCAUUAAAGGAUGGAGGCUUGGAGGUUUUCAGACUUUUAAAGAACAGGUACAAAUUGCUCAUUUUUCAACAGCCAGUCUAGAUAUCACUAGUGCAUGAAUUUCUGUGGCUUAGGACUGCCUUCUGCAGGAAAAGACAUGGUUGUUUUAUGAGGCAGCUAAGAAAGGUAGACAGUCACCCUUCUCACUUGAGCAGCACCACAUUAAGAGGCAGCACCAGUUUAGGGAGCACCUCCAAGCUGCAAGCUCGUGCCUUAUGGGGUAGUCCGACCUCAUACCACAUUGGUCAUAUGCAUAACCUAGGUUAAUAAUGUAUUUGGAUUUCAUUUCAGUUUUUUCAUCCAUAUGCAGGGCCGUAGCUAGGGGGUGGCGAGGUGGGCCCCUGCCAGGGGCGCAGGAGAGGGGCACGCGCAAAAUCGGCUUUAAAUAUGUCCAAAAUUACAUCUAUAAAUAAAAAUAUCAAUUAUUGCCUCAUAAGAAAAGGUUUUUAACAGAGGGUGAAUUGAAUGGGUGGAGGGGUUGGGGUUGAAGGAGAGGCAGAAAGAAGAGCUAAUUUUUCCAUGGCUAGGGGGCGCAAUCUGGACAGUUCUGCCAGGGGCGCAAGAUCACCUAGCUACGGCUCUGUCCAUAUGCAGCGGUUCCUUGCUGCCACCAGAAAGUUCAGGGUUUCAGGCCCCUCCUUGGGGUCAGGCUUAGGGGAUUCUCCAGUGUAGCAUUUCACAGAGGACUUCCGUCUUGUCCCUAGUGACUCUGAGAGACCCAUGGCCGUAAGUGGAAGUGGUGAUGACAUGUAGCCAUAGGUUGCAGAAGUGGUUGUAAGAGUGAGUGUGAACAGGUUGCAGGAAAGUGCGUGCCCUACUGGGGGCAUGGCCGUCUGUCAUGGAUGCUUUAGCUGAGAUUCAUGCAUUGAAAUAACUGCUCUUUCCCCCCUUCUGUAGGAAGUUCUGCACCAUCAUGAUGAAGCUGAUUGUUUUCGUUCUCUUAGCUGUCUUAAUUCCUGCAAAAUAUGCAAGUGAUCAGCAGUCCUGUGGUUAUCCAUGUAUUCCAGAGAGUCAGAUUAACCAGAAGAUCCAGGAAGCAGUUGAUUCCAAAGGUAUUUGGAUAGGAUAAUAAUAAUAAUAAUAAUAAUUAUUAUUAUUUAUUAUUUAUACCCCGCCCAUCUGGCUGAGUUUCCCCAGCCACUCUGGGCGGCUCCCAAUCAAGUGUUAAAAACAGUACAGCGUUACAUAUUAAAAACUUCCCUGAACAGGGCUGCCUUAAGAUGUCUUCUGAAUGUCAGGUAAUUGUUUAUCUCUUUGACAUCUGAUGGGAGGGCGUUCCACAGGGCAGGCGCCACUACCGAGAAGGCCCUCUGUCUGGUUCCCUGUAGCCUCACUUCUCGCAAUGAGGGAACCGCCAGAAGGCCCUCAGCGCUGGAUCUCAGUGUCCGGGCUGAACGAUGGGGGUGGAAACGUUCCUUCAGGUAUACAGGACCGAGGCCGUUUAGGGCUUUAAAGGUCAGCACCAACACUUUGAAUCGUGCUCGGAAAUGUACUGGGAGCCAAUGCAGAUCUCUCAGAACUGGUGUUAUGUGGUCCCAGCGGCCAGUCCCAGUCACCAGUCUAGCUGCCACAUUCUGGAUUAAUUGCAGUUUCUGGGUCACCUUCAAAGGUAGCCCCAUGUAGAGCGUGUUGCAGUAGUCCAAGCGUGAGAUAACUAGAGCAUGUACCACUCUGGCGAGACAGUUCGCGGGCAGGUAGGGUCUUAGCCUGCGUACCAGAUGGAGCUGGUAGACAGCUGCCCUGGACACAGAGUUAACCUGCGCCUCCAUGGACAGCUGUGAGUCCAAAAUGACUCCCAGGCUGCACACCUGGUCCUUCAGGGGCACAGUUAUCCCAUUCAAGACCAGGGAGUCCCCCACACCCACCCGCUCCCUGUCCCCAAAACAGUACUUCUGUCUUGUCAGGAUUCAACCUCAAUCUGUUAGCCGCCAUCCAUCCUCCAACCGCCUCCAGGCACUCACACAGGACCUUCACCGCCUUCACUGGUUCUGAUUUAAAGGAGAGGUAGAGCUGGGUGUCAUCUGCAUACUGAUGAACACCCAGUUCAAACCCCCUGAUAAUCUCUCCCAGCAGCUUCAUAUAGAUAUUAAAAAGCAUGGGGGAGAGGACGGAACCGUGAGGCACCCCACAAGUGAGAGCCCAGGGGUCUGAACACUCAUCCCCCGCACCACUUUCUGGACAUGGCCCAGGAGGAAGGAGCGGAACCACUGUAUGACAGUGCCUCCAGCUCCCAGCCCCCCUAGACAGUCCAGAAGGAUGUUAUGGUCGAUGGUGUCAAGGGCCGCUGAGAGAUCCAGCAGAACUAGGAAACAGCUCUCACCUUUGUCCCUAGCCCGCCGGAGAUCAUCAACCAGCCCGACCAAGGCAGUUUCAGUCCCAUGGUGAGGCCUGAAUCCCGAUUGGAAGGGAUCCAAAUGGUCUGCUUCCUUCAGGCGUGCUUGGAGUUGUUCAGCAACCACCCGCUCAAUCACCUUGCCCAAGAAUGGUAGAUUUGAGACUGGGCGAUAGUUGGCCAAAUUGGCCGGGUCUAAAGAUGUUUUUUAAGAAGCGGUUUAAUGACCGCCUCUUUCAGCGAGUCUGGGAAGGCUCCCUCACAGAGGGAAGCAUUCACCACCCCGCAGAGCCCAUCGCCCAGCCCUUCCCGGCUCACUUUUAUCAGCCAGGAUGGGCAAGGAUCAAGGAGACAGGUGGCUGGUUUCACUUGUCCAAGCAGCCUGUCCACAUCCCCGGAGGUAACAGAUUGGAAUUGAUCCCAUGUAACAGGACCAGACAGAACUCUAGCACCCUCCCGCCCUGGCCCUGCUCCCACGGUGGAGUCUACCUCCUUCUGAAUCUGAGCGACUUUAUCUGCAAAAACUUUGCAAAAGCAUUGCAGGAGAUCUUGGGGUCCCUACCAGGCCCCGGUGGUACAGGUGGUUCCGAUAGAUUGCGAACCACCUGAAAAAGUCUCCUGCUGCUGUUUUCUGCAGAUGCAAUGGAGGCGGCGAAGAAGGCCCUCUUCGCCGUCGCCAUUGCCACUUGGUAGGCUCAGCGUUGAGCUCUAGCCCGUGUCCAGUCUGAUUCAGAAUGAGUUUUCCGCCACCGGCGCUCUAGCCAUCUCAACGAUUGUUUCAUUGCCCUCAGCUCCGGGGAAAACCACGGGGCUGUCCGGGCUCCAUGCAAUCGGAGAGGGCGCUUCGGAGCCAGACAGUCAAUAGCCCUGGUUAACUCCGCAUUCCAGCAUGCCACCAGGGAAUCAGCUGAAAGGCCAUCAACUUGGGAUAAAACAUCCCCUACCACUCUCUGGAAGCCAAUUGGAUCCAUUAAGUGGCGGGGGCAGACCAUCCGAAUCGGUCCCACCUCCCUGCAGAGGGGAAGGGUUGCGGAGAAGUCCAGUUGCACCAGGAAGUGAUCUGACCAUGACACUUCUUUUGUUUCGCUUUUAGUUAGUGUCAUAUCACCAACAUCCGUAGGCCCCUUUAUGAUGUUUGAAGCUCUGCGCCCCAUUGUCAUUCUAAGAUUCCCAGUUUCAUCCAGGACUGUCUGUUUCUAAUUAAAAGUCAUAGGACUUCUUUUGAAGAUCUGGGAACCCAGGGUUAUCACCAAAGUUUUACCCUGAACCAUAAUCCGAUUACUCAUACCAGAAAAGUCCUUAUAUGUUUUUUGUUUUUGCUAGAUUAAAGUUUGUUAACGUGAACAUCUUCAGGUUCUACUGAUAUAUAGCUUGUACAAGAAAUCCAAAAAGAUUCAUGUGAUAUCUAUAACAUGGGAAUCAGUCUUGAAUCUUGGGCUGGUAUUAGGGCAGUGUUUUUAACUAUGGGUCUGACAAGCCACUCUUCUCUGCCUGUCGUGUAAGUUCCCACCUUAUUUCCAUGCCUUCCUGUGAAACAUAAACAUGAGAAAGGCAAGUGGAAUAUGACACCUACAGCCCAAACAUGAAAGUGUUCAAUCAUUGUUGCAUUUGUCCUCUUCAGUGUAGCCCCUGGCCUGACCUGCUGUCAGAAAUAAUCCCAUGGGAGAAUGGGACUUUUGUGGCCUGGAGAGGCAUAACACCUAUAAACUUGAGGGGGAUUUCUGUUGUGGUUAAAUAUGCACACACACACACACACACACACACACACACACACAAUGCAUUUAAAGCAUCCUCCUCCCAGUAUCCCAGGAACUCUAUUUUACUUCUCACAGAACUACAACUCCCAGCACCCUUAACAAAUUACAGUUCCAAGGAUUCUUUUGGGGACAAAUGUGUUUUAAAUGUGUGUUGUGGUCACACUUCAGAUUGAUUUCCCUAUUGCUUGCAACUGUUUAAAUAGCAGGAGGAACAAAGAAAGCAUUUUCUAUUUGAGCAAGGAUGUCAUGUAGUAUAACCUGAACUCUCAUGACUCUUCUUGCAGUGUCCUCUGUCCUGUUGAAGAGCCAGCUGGUUUGCACAGAUGCAUUUGCACGUGCUGCUGAUGCCCACUGCCCUUCAGGUGAGACACUUUGCUGGGAGAGGAGAACAGAUUGGGAGGAAAUUAGAAGUGGGCUCAUGGUGGCCAGAAGGGCAAGAACAGAACUCCCUCUGUGGGUAGAUGCAAAACACAUUUCCACAAACCUCUGCUUCCUUUGUGCAGAUGUCAGUAUAAAAUAUAAGCUCAGAGCUGGAGGCAGCUGGUUGGGUUGCUUAGCUGGAUCAUUAGCACAGCAUGCACUUGCAUCUUUACUUGCUGGUGGAAGGACAACAAGGAGGGAGCCAGUCUAACUUCUCUAGGGAGGGAUUUCUAAAGUUUGGGAGCAGCCACUGAGAAGGCCCUCUCCUGUGAAUUGGACCCAGAAACAGACCAGUGGAGCUAUUGUCACAAGGGAGUUGUAUGCUCCCUCCAUACCAUGGCGAUUCAACGCUCUGCUGCCUGUCUCUCUAACUUUUCUUUUCCACUCUCAGGUCACAAGGCCACUGGAUGUGCCUGUGGAAUGGCUUGUGGUUCCUGGGAUAUUCGUGGUGAUACUGCCUGCCACUGCCAGUGUGCCAACAUUGACUGGACUUCUGCCCGCUGCUGCAAAGUGGCCAUUGUUGGCUGAUGGCUCCUUCGCUACCUGUUGGCUGCAGCUUCUAUGCUCGAUAAAUCUGCAUCUAUAAUUUUCUGAACAGUCUCGUGCUCAAUUUUUUUUUUAUUGACUUAAGAAAAUUAUACAGACAGCAAAACGAAGAAGCCUCAAUUAACAUUGCCUUCUACCGAUAAGAAAUAAUAAUAACUAUUACAAUAAUGAAAAUACUAAAAAUACAUUUACUUCCCCUUUUGAACUUCUAUUCUGGUUACAAUAUAUUACUAUUCUAUAAGAAUCUAUUAAAUCCUUUGCUGUCCCAUAUAUUAUUUUAUUUCCCAAAUUCAACCUAACCCUCCCCUCCUCCCCACUGC